AUGGACAUAGAACUUGCACUAAGGGAAGAACAACCUACACCUCUUACUGCGGAAAGUACCCCUGAUUUUAAUAUGGAUUUUGAAAGAUGGGAUCGUUCAAAUCGCAUGAGUCUAAUGACCACAAAACACAACAUUCUAGAAGCCUUUAAGGGCACAGAAUCUAAAGAGAUUACUCAGGCCAAGGGUUUCCUUGACAAAAUUGAGAAACAUUUUGCUAAAAAUAAUAAGGUUGAGAUGACACCACUUCUAAAUUCUUUGAUGUCUAUGAAGUAUAAGGGUCAAGGAAAUGUGAGGGAGUACAUUAUGGAGAUGUUCCAUGUUGCUUUAAGACUUAAGACACUUAAGAUUGAGCUUUCUGAGGAAUUGCUUGUUCUUAUGGUUUUGGUAUCGCUUCAUGCACAGUUCAAUCAAUUUAAAUUAGUUAUAACUAUCAAAAUGAGAAAUGGACUCUAA